AUGGCUUCAUCAACAAAUCAAUUGUACAAAAAACGUAGCAAUGUGUGGAAUCAUUUCACACUUACAAAUGGGAAUAUGGCAAAAUGCAACUAUUGUAAUGAAAAAAAAAGUUUUUCUGGGGGAUCAACAGGCAAUCUUUUAAGGCACAUAAAGACAAAGCAUGUCAUAGUUCCACUGCAAAGAUCAACACCACAGGUAGCAGAGGAAUCAAACUCUGAGUACCUUGACAAUCCACAACCAUCGACAUCCGCUUCUCAAUCUACAUCUGCAAUAGUUCAUUCUUCUACAACAUUUUCGUCUUCAAUAAUUCAAAACAAAAAUAGUUAUCAAUCAUCUAUAGCAAAUUUCAUUCAUCGACCUCUGCCAUUGUGUAAAUCUGUAUCAAUUGACCAUCAAUUAAUAAAAAUGAUAGUAAAAGAAAAAACAGUUUCUAAUAGUUUAUUGCCCCAAAUGUAUGAGAUGGUUGUCCAAAGAGUAAAAGAUAAAUUAAAAAAUGUAUCUGCAGUAUGUCUUCCAACUGAUGGAUGGACAUCAAGGAAUAAUGAAAAUUUUUUGGCAGUAACUGCUCAUUUCAUAGAUCCAGAUAAUGUCACUGAAUUAUCUUCAGUUUUGUUAGCAUGUACUAGUUUUGAAGAUAGUCAUACAGCUGAUAAUUUAGCUUUGUUUUUGAAAAAUACCGUAGAUGAGUGGGGAUUGAGUCAGCGUAUAACUGUUGUAGUAUCAGACAAUGCUGCAAAUAUUAAAAGUGCAAUUGAAAAAUGCAAUUGGAGACGGUUGUCAUGUUUUGCGCAUGAUAUCAAUUUGAUUGUUCAUUGUGGAUUGGGUAAAAUUGAGCCUGUUGUAACAAAAAUUAAAGACAUUGUAUCUUACUUUAAAAGAAGUUCUCAUGCAUUAGCUAAAUUGCAGGAAUAUCAAAAACAAACCGGAAAUCCAAUUUUAAAGUUGAAACAAGAUUGCCCAACACGGUGGAACUCAACUUUUGAUAUGUUCGAUAGAAUAUUGAGAAUAAAGGAGCCAAUAAUUGCAACAUUAGCCAUUUUAAACAACUCCAUUACUCCAAAUGAAUGGCAAGUUGUAGAUAAAUCAAAAGAGUUGUUGAAAAUUUUUUAUGAUGCCACUGUUGAAAUAAGUGCAGAAAAAAAUAUUUCAAUAUCAAAAAAAAUAAUUAUGGUAAGAGCUAUGUUUAAAGUUACACAGACAUUUAUAAAUGACACAAAUUUACCCAGAGAAGUGCUGAAUAUGGCCAAUACUUUAAAAGAAAAGAUGAUGAUUAGGUUUGACAGAAUUGAAGACAAUUUACUUAAUGCUCAAGCUUCAGUUCUGGAUCCUAGAUUCAAAAAACAUGGAUUUAUUAAUGAGGACAAAUAUAAUAGGACUAUAUCCCAACUUCGUAAUAAAUUACAAAGCAGCAUAAGAACAGAGCAGUUAGAUUUACCUCAACAGUCAUCUUCUUCAACACCUCAGUAUUCCAACUCGGCCAUCUGGGGAGAUUUUGACAAGUCUGUGGUUAAUGCUAUCGGUGGAAAUAAUUCUACAGCAGCAGGAAUUAUUGAGCUAGACAAAUAUUUGAAUGAACAAAUUAUCAGUAGACAUGAAAAUCCACUACUCUGGUGGUCAGAGCGACAAAAAGUUUACCCACGACUCUAUGAAAUAGUUAAAACUCGUCUUUGUAUCAUAGCCACAUCCGUUCCAUGUGAAAGGUUAUUUUCAAAGGCAGGACAGUACGAAGAUAUUGUUACUAAUUUGUCAGAGGCCUUGGGAUUAGGACGUGAGACAAUUAGUAAAACUAUCGCUGAAUACAGACGUACUAAUACGGUUACAUCUCCCAACAAAAAGCGUAUUAAGGCGUCUCUCUUCGACAACAUUGAUGAUUUGGAUCGCAAUAGAUUACGGCAAAAAGUUCAUUCAUUUUGGUUGCGUCGUGAACUACCUACAAUCGACAAAAUAUUAUUUGCAGUGAACGAAGAUCCAUCGCUUCCUAAUUUCAAACGUACUACUUUGUACAGCACCAUCAAAAAAUUGGAUUUCGUGUUCGAAAAAAGAAAAAAGGAAGGUCGACAAAUUUAUUAUUUGGACGAGACGUGGUUGAAUGCAGGAGAUUGUGUGGACUGCGUGUGGAAGGACAAUACUGUUCUUUCCAAAUACGACGCGUUCAACAAAGGACUAACGACCGGGUCGACCAACUCAACUGGCAAGGGCAAGCGGCUCAUAAUACUCCAUAUUGGUUCGGACAAAGGUUUUUUUUCCAGGUGGUUUAUUAUGCUCUGA